ACUUUUACCUGCGAACUGAAAUUAGCCGCGGCGGACUGGAAAUUCGUUUCAGUUAGUGUUCAAGUUUCUUCAAGGAAGGUACUGGCAAAAGGUGACUGGUUCACUUUAGAAUAUUUUCUAAUUUUUUCGAGCAUUAUUAAACUGGAUAACGGCAUCAUGCCCCACAAAUCUCUAUCACGAAAACGAAGUACUCCACGAGUACCCACGGCGCUACCAUCCACAAUUUUGAAAGUAACUGAAUUCCUUGCCGGAAUGAAAGUCCACACAGGCACACCGACCCCCGACUAUACAGGCAAUAUGUGCUCUGAUGCCUAUGCCCAAAGCCUUUUACAAGAAAAUGGACGUGUAACAAUGGCGUACACAAACCUGAGUAUUAUGCCUACGAAAAUUCCAAGAUUGAUUGGCGACAAAGUGGAAGACAUUGAUUUAGGGCAUAACCGAUUCAAAGACUUGGGAUUUUUGGCGAAUUUCAGUAAGUUGCAUACGUUGGUCCUGGACUGGAAUACCGAACUCAAAGUAGAAACCUUCCCAGCGGUCCCGACGCUCAAAAUAUUGUGGCUCAAUCACUGCAACAUCGCCGACAUCGAGGAGUGGGUGGGGAUGCUGAGUGCACAUUGUCCAGAUCUGGAGCAUCUUUCAAUGCUAUGCAACCCGGGAGCGUGUACCGAACUGAAUGGCAAAACAGAAGACGAGGAGCGAAAGUAUCGCGAAAAUAUAAUUCAAAAGUUUACAAAUUUGAAGACUUUGGACGGGCGUCCGGUUGAAAAUGAGCAAAAAGAAUCGUGCUUAUUGACGGAAUCGUUCCCAUCCAUUUCGAAUAAUUGCCUGACAAAUCUCUGGGAAUCUUUCACUGGAAUAGUAGCAAAGAAGGGAAAGGGCAAGCUUACGAAAAUAGAGCGCCGAAAUAGUGCGGGUCUUACUUCAUCCCAGGAGUAGAGUUGACUAUUAAUUCUUUUAUGAUUAAUAUAUAUCAUAUUAUGACUAAGAUUACACUUAUAUUUUUGAUAAGUUUUUAAUGUCGUUUCCAUUAAAUAAUUCUCGCCUGAA